UUUUUGUUUUUUUUUUCCCCCACGUGUGCGCGCAUGUAUAAAGCCGGGCAGAUGUAGCCAAUCUUCGAGACAGUGGGGAGGAAAGUGUGCGUCGUCCGCCAGCUGGACGAGGAUCAGGAUGUCUGCGGAAAGAUUUGACAAAAAGAGGACGAUAGAAUUGAGGAAGAGGCACAUUGGGCCAUCCUGUAAGAUCCACUUCAGCCAUGACCCCAUCAAGAUUGUGCAAGCCAAAGGCCAGUACAUGUAUGAUGAAAAAGGACAACAGUACUUGGAUUGCAUCAACAAUGUGGCUCAUGUGGGCCACUGUCACCCAGACGUGGUGAAGGCGGGAGCACAGCAGAUGGAACUCCUCAACACCAACUCACGUUUCUUGCAUGACAACCUUGUGCUGUACGCCCAGAGGCUGCAGGCCACACUGCCCGACAAGCUCUCCGUGUGCUACUUUGUCAACUCUGGUUCUGAGGCCAACGACCUGGCGCUUCGUCUAGCACGGCAGUACACAGGCCACAAAGAUAUCAUCACGUUGGAAAACGCGUACCACGGCCAUGUCUCAUCGCUCAUUGACAUCAGCCCGUAUAAGUUCCACCAGCUGUCAGAUGCUGAGCAGAACCAAUUUGUCCAUGUGGCUCAGAGCCCAGAUGUGUACAGAGGCAAAUACAGAGCAGAUCACCCCGACCCUGCCACAGCAUAUGCAGAGGAAGUUGAAGAUAUAAUACAGAGAGCUCACGAAAAAGGAGGCAAGAUUGCCGCUUUUAUUGCUGAGUCAUUGCAGAGUUGCGGCGGGCAGGUCAUUCCCCCUGCAGGCUACUUCCAGCAAGUGGCAGAACAUGUCCGCAAGGCAGGAGGCGUUUUCAUUGCAGAUGAAGUCCAAGUUGGCUUUGGACGUGUUGGCACCCACUUCUGGGCUUUCCAGCUUCAGGGAGAGGACUUUGUGCCAGACAUUGUCACCAUGGGAAAGCCUAUUGGCAACGGCCACCCCAUGUCGUGUGUGGUCACGACCAAAGAGGUGGCAGAGGCCUUCAUGUUAUCUGGAAUGGAGUAUUUCAAUACAUUUGGCGGUAAUCCAGUGUCAUGUGCCAUCGGUCUAGCCGUACUUGAUGUGAUCAUGAAAGAGGAUCUCCAGGGCAAUGCGCUGCGUGUGGGGCGAUACCUGACCAAUCUGCUAGAAAAGCAGAAAGAGAAGCAUCCACUGGUUGGUGAUAUCAGGGGUCGCGGCCUCUUUAUUGGGCUGGAGCUCGUGAAGGACAGAUUGAAGCUGACCCCUGCAACAGCAGAAGCCCAAGAAGUCAUAUAUAAGCUAAAGGAAGAGCACAUCCUUCUCAGUGCUGACGGACCUCAUCGCAAUGUGCUGAAAUUUAAGCCCCCCCUGUGCUUCACUACAGAGGACGCCGACCUUGCGGUGGAGAAGAUCGACCACAUUCUCACAGAACUUGAGGAAGCUUUAGGCUUAAAGUUGCACAACGCAGUGAAUGUAGAGAAUGACAGCAGCAAAAGAAAACUACCAUCAGAUGAAAAUGGACACCAGUAUCACAGUGGGUUGGUACACAACACAGGGAGCAGUCCAGGAGUUCCUCAACAAACCAAAAAAACCAAACGCAUCAAGAUAUAACGCUGCUUCACAUCAGAGCUGUGAAAUGACAACACUCAAUCUUUAAUAACCUGUAUGUAAGUGCCUGAGCAUUUAACCUAAUGAAAAAUGUUUGACAGUGAUAACAAUAUGCUGUGUAUAUGAUAUCGCAGUAUAUUCUCAGGUAUUAUUUUUUUAAUUGCACUUUAAUCAAACCACUUGUUCAGCAUAACCAUGUGUCUCAAAAAAAAGUUAUCAUGCUACAUAACCUGUAUGUUUUUAUUUGCAUUUUUGCCAAUGUUUGGACAUGAUUUUCAAGGAAUCAUAGUUUUAAUAAAGCAAAACAUAUUCUGCCACA